AUGCAAGCCCGCUCCUCUCUGGUGAACAGACAUGCGGUGCUCCGCGUGGCGCCCUUCCAGGGGCCUGCUGCAAGCCAGGCACCCAAGCCCAGUGCUCGGCGCCUCGUGAACCCCACAACAUCCCGAAGCUCCCUGCCCGCCAGACGCUGUGCAGAGGAUGCCGUGGUCGCUCCCUCGGAGGGCGGCCCGUCCCAAGCCCUCGAGCCCCAUCAGGCGCUGGACAUUUAUUACCUUGACAACGGCCUGCGGGUUGUGUUCCUGCCCAACCCCUCCCCUGUGGAUAGGUUUGAGGCGCACCUGGAGGUUCACACAGGUUCGGUGGACGAGUCGGCGGAGGAGCAGGGCAUCGCACACCUGGUGGAGCACGUGACCUUCCUGGGGUCCAAGAAGCGCGAGACGCUGCUGGGCACCGGCGCGCGGUCCAACGCCUACACCGACUUCCACCACACCGUCUUCCACGUGCACGCGCCGCGCGUGAAUGCCGGCACGGGCGCGCCGAUGCUGGCGCAGGUGCUGGACGCGCUGGCGGAGAUCGCGUUCGAGCCCGAGUUCCUGCCCUCCCGCAUCGAGAAGGAGCGCAAGGCGGUGACGGCCGAGGCCCAGAUGAUGAACACCAUCGAGUACCGCGUGGACUGCCAGCUGCUGCAGUACCUGCACGCCGAGAACGCGCUGGGCUACCGCUUCCCCAUCGGCAAGAUGGAGCAGGUGGCGGGCUGGGACCGCGCCGCCAUCAUGGACUUCUGGGCGCGCGGGUACCACCCGGCCAACGCCACGCUCUACCUGGUCGGCGACCUGGAGCCGGCUGCGGCGCGCGCCGCGGUGCGCCAGGCCUUUGACCGCGUGCCGGCGGGCCGGCGCUCGGUGCGCCGUGAUGCGCAGGGCGUGGCCGCGGUGGAGCUGCCCGAGGAGGCUCACGCGAGUGCGAGCGCGACAGGCGCCGGCACUGGCGGCGCCGCGACCCACCUGUCGCUGCUCCCCACCUCCCUGCGCCCGCCAGUGCAGCACGCCUGGGGCUGCGGCGCGGCGGCGCCCGCCAAGCCGCCGCCCCAGAUCUCCGUGUUCCGGCACCGCCUGCUCCAGCUGUUCCAGCUGUCUCUCUUCUGCAAGCUGCCCAUCCAGCCCCUGACCACCAUGCAGGACCUCAGCGUGCUGCAGUUCCGCGUGAACGCGCGGUACGUGGAGGCCGAUCCGCCCUUCGUUUCCAUCGAGCUGGACCACUCGGACUCGGGGCGGGAGGGCUGCGCGGUGUCCACGCUGACCAUCACCUCGGAGCCCGGGGACUGGCGCGGCGCGGUGGGCGUGGCGGUGGCGGAGCUGCGCCGCCUGCAGCGCCACGGCGUCAGCCCCAGCGAGCUGGCACGCUACCGCACCGCCCUCCUGCGCGACAGCGAGCAGCUGGCUGAGGCGGCGCACAGCACGCCCAGCGCGGAGCACCUGGACUUUGUGAUGGAGAGCCUGGCCCUGGGACACACCGUGCUGGGGCCGCGCGAGGCGCACGAGGCGCUGGUGGCCACCGCGGAGGGCAUCUCCGCCGAGGAGGUCGGCGCGCUGGCGCGGUCUUUGCUGUCGUUCGCCAGCCACUUUGGCAACGAGGCUCAGCUGAUGGAGGAGUACGCGGCCGAUCCAGAGGCCUGGGCGGCGCCGGGCCCCAGCGUAGCCACGGCGGCCGUGGCCUGCCUGCCCGCCUUCACCGACGCCAGCGGGCACAGCUCGGGCGGGGGCGUGCCGCUGGCGCGCGGCGCCAGCCUGGCCACCACGCAGCACGAGCCGCCGGAGGGCGCGGUGCGCUUCCGGCUGAGCGGCGAGGAGAUUGCGGCGGCGCUGGCGGAGGCGGGGGGCGCCGACGUCGCGCCGCUGCCGGAGGUGGACGUGCCGGAGCACCUGGUGCCGGAGGACGUGCUGGCGGCGCUGCUGGAGGAGCGUCGACCCGCCUGGGUGGAGGUCCCCGGGGCCGGGUCUGCGCGCCCAGCCCCGCACCCGGCCUCAGGCGUGGUCCAGCGCCGCCUGUCCAACGGCGUCGCGCUGAACUACCGCUCCGGGACGGUGGGCGGCUGGGCGCGGGAGCAGGUGGAGCUGUUCUGCAUCAGCAAGCUGAUCAACUGCGUGCUGGAGGCGGACGAGGAGCACGUGGCGAUGGACUUCCACCUGGCGGUGUCCGGCGGCGGCAUCGCCGCCACCUUCCAGCUCCUGCACCUGUUCCUGGAGGCGCCGGCCUGGGAGGGCGCCGCCGCGGAGCGCGCCAAGCAGAUGUACGCCAGCCACGCGCGCGCGCUGCCCAAGAGCCUGGAGCGCGCCACCGCGGACCGCAUCAUGACGGCCAUGAUGGGCGUGGACCGCCAGUUCCGGGACCCCACCCAGGAGGAGAUCGCGGCGCUGAGCCUGGAGGGCAUGCGCGCCGCGGUCAGCGCCCAGCUCCGCGCCGGCAACCUGGAGGUGUGCGUCGUCGGCGACUUCGACCCCGCCGAGCUGGAGGAUGCGGCGCUCAAGUACCUGGGCACGGUGGCGCCCGGGGACGCGCGGGACGCGACCCCGGCGCCGGACCGCGCCUUUGCGCUGCUGGCGCCGCCCAUGCGCCGCCGGCACAGCGUCUGGCACCUGCGCGACUCCGACGAGCGGGCGUGCGCCUUCAUCGCGGGCGCGGCGCCGCCGCGCUGGGCGAUCGCACAGGAGGGCGCGGCGAGCGCGGGGACGGUGGCGCCGCCCGCGCCGCCGCCGGCGCGCGGCUCCAGCCCCGCCGUCUGGGCCGAGCAUAAUGCGGUGCGCCGGCGCCACCCGCUCUACCCCUCCGUCACGCUGGCGCUGCUGACGGAGGUGGUGAACUCGCGCCUGUUCACCACGGUGCGCGACACGUUGGGCCUGACCUACGACGUCUCCUUCGAGCUGGCCGGCUUCGACCGCCUGCCCGCGGGCUGGUUCCACGUCGCCGUCACCUCCACCCCGGGCAAGAUCGGGGAGGCAGCCAUGGCCAGCCUGCGCGUGCUGCGCACGCUGCGCACCCAGCCCAUCAGCGGGCGCGAGCUGCAGCGCGCGCAGCGCACGCUGGCCGCGCGGCACGAGACUGACCUCAAGGACAACGGCUACUGGCUGGGGCUGAUGGCCAACCUGCAGGCCCCGGGCGUGCCCCUGAAGACCCUGGACUGUCUGCGCGACCUGCGCGCCAUGUACGACACCGCCACCGUCGACGACCUGUACGACAUGCACCAGAAGGCGAGCUUUGGUUGCAUGGGAUGGAGUGGGGGCAUGGAGAGGAGUGAGAGGUUCAACUUUGACGACGAUGCCAUCUUCUCCUGCAUCGGGGUGAGCGGGCGGGAGGCCGGCGCGGUCAAGGAUCACCCACUCCUGGCGGCGCUGCCGGCGCAGCGGGAGGACGGCGCGGGCGAGGCCGUGGUGGACGUCAAGGACGCGGACGCCUUCUUCUCGGCGGUCAAAGUAGGCAUGCUCUUCCCAGGCAAUCCGCUGGGCAGGGCAGGCUCGCAGGAUGGCACCGGCCCCCUGGAGAUGUGA